AUGGAAUACAUGGAUCGUUUUCUGCAUGACGCAGCAACAAAGGGUGAUCUUAGUUUUUUGGAAAAAAUUAGAAAUGGUGAUGUAUCAAUUGAUCUUGCAAGUCAGAAAACGCCUAAAGACAACAAUGUUCUUCACAUUGCGGCUGAAUUCAAGCAAAUGAAUUUCUUUAAAGAAGUCAAGUUUCAUCAUCCUCAAUCUCCACGGUUUUGGGACACCAACAAGAACAACGAAACUCCUCUCCAUGUUGCUGCAAGAGUAGGAUGUGAUGAAAUAGUGGAGUUCAUCAUUGCUAACAUGAAACCUCUUGAAGAAGUUGAUUUGGAAGACGGACCAAUUAAUGAGGAGGAAAUCACACCAGCUGCUGAGCAAACCACGCCAUCUGAUGAGGAAAUCUUACAAUCUUAUGAGGAAAGCAGAUCAUCCGCUGAGGAAAACAGACCAGUUGAUGAGGAAAUCAGACCAAACAGACGAGUUGAUGAGGAAAUCAGACCAGUUGAUGAGGAAAUAAGGCCAAACAGACCAGUUGAUGAGGAAAUCAGACCAAACAGACCAGUUGCUGAGGAAAUCAGACCAGUUGAUGAGGAAAUAAGGCCAAACAGACCAGUUGAUGAGGAAAUCAGACCAGAUGGUGUUAAACCUUUUAAAAAACUACUCCGAAUGAAAAAUUCGGAAAAGGAUACAGCAUUGCAUGUUGCUGUUCGAUAUCGUCGCGAUGGGGUGGUGGCUCAGUUAAUGAAAGCCGAUCCUGAAUUAUGUUGUUUUACUAAUAGCGCCAACGAGUCACCUUUAUUCCUAGCUGUUAGAACGGGCUCUCCAAGCAUUGCUCUUUAUAUUCUAAACGAGUCUCCCUCUGAUAGAUCUCCUUCUUUUCACGGGACAAAUGGUGUGACAGCUUUGCAUGCAGCUGUCACUCGCAGACGCCUUACCCACCAAGGCAUCGUGGCAACUAUGGUUUCCAAAAAUCAUGAAAUAAUCAAACAAGCAGACGACAUUGGGUGGACUCCCUUACACUAUGCAGCAUUGAGAGGUAACCUUAAAGCAACUCAAGUGCUGAUUGGAAAGGAGAACUCUGCUUGUUACAUCUUGGACAAACUUGGGUUGUCAGCUCUCCACAUCGCCGCAUAUGCAGGGCACACCAAAAUAUUGGAAGAGUUGAUUGGAAGUGAGCCUGCUACUUGUGAUUUGGUCAAUCACAAAGGUCAAACAGCUCUGCAUGCUGCAGUCGUAGGUAAACAAAUAAACGUUAUAAAGUACGUUCUGAAGACGCCUAAGCUUGGGAGACUUAUAAAUCAAGCAGAUAACGAUGGGAACACUCCUUUGCAUCUUGCUGCCAUUUGCCGAAAUCAUGGAAUGGUAAAAAUCUUGUCAACAGACACUAGGUUGGACAAAACGGCUACCAAUAAAAAAUUCUUAACGGUUGCCGACAUUUUGCGCGACGACAAGAUGGAACAAAAGGAGUGGACCAAUAGUGCCGAGGUUAGGAAGUACCCGAUUUGGUCCUUGACCGCUGGGGUGCCAUAUUUUCAACGACAAAUCACUCAUGAGUUUACGAAAGUACAAUCUCCGGAGAAGAAAGAUAAGGCUGAUACGCCAGCCGUUACACAUGGGGCCUUGAAAAGACGUGAUACCAAACUAUUGAUAGCAACGCUUAUUGCAACAGUCACAUUUGCAGCGUCUAUCAAUGUUCCUGGAGGGUUCAAAACCGACGGAAGGCCGGCUUUAGAAGACAAUGCAUAUUUCCAAGUGUGUGGCGUUUUUAACAUGUAUGCCUUCAUUUUCUCAGUUCUUGCGAUACUUAACGAAUGCACUCCGCUACGGGUCCUAUCUACCCAUUUACCCACACCUGCAAGUCUCAUUCAGUUUUCAAUUGGUGGGAUGGCAGAGGAAGAAGAAGGCCGAGGGAUGGCGUUGGGGGUGGCGUUCGGGUAUGCGUUGGGUUGGGUUGUUGGGAUAUUUUCUUUUCUUUUUUCCUUAAGUCACCUGGGGAAGUCCAUUGGCGUGCCAUUAUUCCAACAACAAAUUUCCCAUGAUUUCAUUUUCAUGAAUUCGGAAUCUCCAAAGCACAAAGAUACACCAACCACAUCAGCCAUUAUAGGAAAAAACAUAGAAAAGUUGGAAGCUACUUCUUCAGAGGAGGCCUCAAAAGUACUCGAUACCAAUCUAGUAGUAGCAAUGCUUAUUGCAACCGUCACAUUUGCCGCAGCUUUCACCACGCCGGGAGGACUUAAAAGCGACGGCACGGCGGUGUUGUACGGAGAGGCAUCAUUCCAAGUGUUCUUGCUAUUUGAUGCCUUCUCCUUCUUCUUGUCAAUCCUCGUGGUGUUUCAUAAUUUCAUGGUGGCAACUGUGUCAGGUGUUCUUGUAGCUGCACCUUCAAUUCUCAUUCAGUAUUCAAUUGGAGGAAUGCUCGUAGCUUUUGCUUCUGGCAUGCUUCUAGUGCUGCCCAAACACAUUCCGGUGGGCAUUUUGGUGUGCUUAAUUUGUGGGUAUAUAUGCUUGUCUAUAGUCUUUAAGCUUAGAAUUGUGCCUGUACGACUAGCCGCAAAUGGUUCAUGA